GUUUCCGUCAAAUCAUGUGAUGGCACUUUAACCCUUGUUUACUCAAAGUAAAUGCAGCCUCUGUUGUCUUAAAGAGGACUUUGUAGUCACAUGUCAAUUUGCGCAUGCGUGCCUGCAGAGGCUCGCACGGUGACAAUUUGCACUUCCUGAGCGAUCGCUAGAUCAAGAUGAUGGACGAUAUUUAAACAAAUAACCAACUCGCUCUGUUGUUUUGUCGCGAAGCUGUUGUUUUUAGACCGACACAGGAGGCUCGAUGUCGGUGGCAAACGCGAAGCUUAGCGUCCUGAAGCCGGUGAUCCCAUAUACAGGCUCUAUACCUGGAGGCCUGCAACCUGGAGAGAUUAUCGUCAUUCAGGGCACUGUACCCUCAAAUGCUGACAGGUUUCAGAUUGACCUGUCCUGCGGUGGCAGUACCAGGCCGCCCUCUGACGUGGCCUUGCACUUUAGCGCUUGUUUCAUGGGAUCGCCCUGCGUACGAUGCAACUCCAUGUUACAGGAAGGCUGGGGCCAAGAGGAAACGCUGCAGCAGCUGCCCUAUAAACGCGGGGCCCCGUUCGAAACAAUCAUCAUGGUGAAAGAGGAUGCCUUCAAGGUGGCAGUAAAUGGAGCUCACCUCUUGGAAUACAAACAUAGAAUUCCACUAAAUAGGAUCAACACAUUUUCUGUUUCUGGGAAGGUCCAAGUGCAGGCUAUAGGCGUCGUACCAAACUCUGCAGUAUACUCAGAGUCUGGUGACUUGAGCCUCCCAUACAAAGGCAGUAUACUAAAAGGUCUGAGCCCAGGACAACACCUUACCAUCAAAGGACAGAUCUGCAUGUAUCCUCACAGUAUUACAGUGAACCUCUGCAACAGCAGGACGAAGAGCAUCGCCCUUCACCUGAAUGCUCGCAUGAAAUCCAGCACAUUCAUACGAAACUCAUACUUAAAUGAGUGCUGGGGUCAAGACGAGCGGGAGUUGGUCUUUUACCCUUUUUCUCCUGGAGAGUAUUUUGAGAUUCUCCUCCUCUGUCAGGCACAUCAGUUCAAGCUUGCGGUGAACGGCUUGCACUUGUUUGAAUUCAAACACCGGGUUCAGGACCUGAGCACCAUUGACCAGCUGGAGAUAAUGGGAGACCUCGAGCUGAUGGACGUCAAACUGUGGUGAUUAAGACAGCUGCUUUCCUUGGAUUUUUGCCCUCCAAAAAACCCAUAUAUUUCUAGCCUUUGUGCUAAUGGGACUCCAUUGCUUUGUUUUAUUAUUGACAUUGCGUAGUUUCUUUUCACCAGUACGUCAGAAUGUUAAAAAAGUGCAUUGCACAUCUCCAACACUAACUUUGCAUCAUGCCUUUUCUCAUUCAAGAACUGUAUACAGUAUCUUUUGUUUCUACUAGCCAGUACAGUAAAAAAGAAAACAAUGUUAUUGAAAGCAUUACUUUCUUUAGCUUGUACUGCAGCAUCAGUGGAAAGACUGAUUACACUGCAAAGAUAAAUGAAAGCCAACCAGCAUUACUCUUCAGUAAUCAUUUCAGCAAGAAACAAGUGAAUCCUUCUAAAGGUUGAUAUCACAUACCAAGUGGAAUUGCCACUGUCCAGAGUGUUCCUAUACAGUAUGUGCAUUUUUGUAUCUUGUGUGAAAACGUUCUACAAAAGGGGUGUUCAUUACAUAGCAAAGACGUGGCCAUGAAUAAUUAUCUUAUUUUUCAUAUAUGUAAUUUGACAAGAAAAUGCAUUAAAUCUUAUUGGCAAAUAAAUUAUAACAAAUGUAUGGGACUUUUUCCACAAUUAACACUGCGAAAGCUACGGUGUUUGGCAAAGUGUUUGUCAAAAUGCACUUUACUUGUACAGCCACCAGGGGACAGACAAGACCUGGAAACUAAUCGAAGAUAGCUGUUGCAUUGAAAAUAGGAAUGGCAACUGACCAUUGUGGCCAGUGCACAUGUAAGGAAACGCAAAAUACAAUUUGGCAUCUGAUAAAAAGUACUUGAUUUAUUUAUAUCCACAGGAAAUAUAUUUUUCAAUAACCUCGGUACAAUACAACUGUCAUAUUUUCCCCAACAUAAAAAAGUAGGAUGAUAUGCAGUAGGGUGACAUCAACCAUUGCAACUGCUGAGAUUGUACAUGGAAAAAAGGCAGAAAAAAAAUACUUUCCAAUCAGCAACAGGCAUACAGGUGAAAAUCUGUCUGAUGGGAAGAAAAAACCCUAGCAAAAAUGACAUGACUUUUGACCAAAAAGGUCAAGAACCAUUUAAAAUGGAUACAUUUUUUUGCUUGAGAUGUUUGAGAUUUAAUGAACACCUUUCUGAAAAGGAAUCCCUUGUGCACAACAGUGGAAAAGAAGAGAUUUCCCUAUCAAGUUCAAAGGGGGCGAGAGAAACAUGUCUGCACAGUAGAAGGGUUUGGCAAGAUGUUGGCUGGGGACAACUGCUCUUGCUUGGGUUCUGUUCAGGUCCCUUUUCAGCAGCUGAGUUCCAAACAUGGCAUUGUA